GCCUUGUUGUGCUUUUUCUCCUCGUUUUGCUCGUCGCUCAGACCACCUCAGACAUUGUUUCAUUCUCCUGUCAAAUUUAUUACACUACUUCACACCUCAAUCCCUUUCAAAUGCGAGCUUUGUUCCUGCUCUGUAACAUCUCUUCAUGGCUUCUCCACUGAAUCAUCUUCCCGACAUUCAGAAAGAAACUUGGAGGAGGACCAUCCUUUUGACAGUUCAAAGCAUUGGAGUUGUCUAUGGUCGCUUAAGUAUUGCCCCAUUGUAUGUGUUUGGAUCGAUGCGCCCAAAAGAUAUCGAUUCAGAUGAGCGUUUAUAUGAGCUGUUCUCAUUUAUAUUUUGGACUCUAACCAUUGUUCCUUUACUGAAAUAUGCUGUCAUAGUGUUGAGGGCUGAUGACAAUGGAGAAGGUGGUACCUUUUCAUUAUACUCACUGCUAUGCAGACAUGCCAAAGUUGGGCUGCUUCCAAGUGAUGAAAGUUCUGAUGAAAUCAUGCAUUACGAGACAGGCAGUACUAGCCCGGGCAAGAAGAAUUCAAGGGCUAGAAGGGCCAUCAAGAAUAACAAGAUCAGUCAUUAUAUGAUGCUGUUGUUGGCUUUAUUUGGUUCCUGUAUGAUGAUUGGCGAUGGAGUUCUAACGCCAGCUCUAUCUGUUUUAUCAGCAUCAAAAGGGCUCCAACUAUCAUUGGCAAAGAUUUUAGAGAAAUCUACCUCAGAGUGUGGAGACCUUGAAAAGGACUUAAAGAAAUAUGUACCAGUUCCUACAGCAUGUUUUAUCUUAGUUUGCCUUUUUUCGGUGCAACGGUAUGGAACCCACAAGAUAGGGAUCAUAUUUGCUCCGGUUGUCAUCAUAUGGCUUUUUCUCAUCAGCGGUGUGGGAUUGUAUAAUAUUGUUCACUGGGAUCACCGUAUCUUGAAGGCAAUGUCCCCCACAUACAUGUUCAAAUUUAUGAAACACUCCACCAUUAAAAGUUGGAAGUUACUGGGGAACCUUGUUCUAUGUAUAGCAGGAUCCGAGGCAAUGUUUACUGAUCUAGGUCAUUUCUCAAAGAAAUCCAUCAAGAUUGCAUUUGUUUGCUUGGUUUACCCAGCCCUUGUUUUGAGUUAUGCUGGGCAAGCUGCUUUCAUCUCCAAGCACUUGAUUCCUCAUGACGAUGAAGUGGUUUGUGUCACUCAAAAUGCAUCUUCAGAGUACUUUCAUCUCCGUGAAUCAGUGCCUAAUCACACAGGGAGUUCAGAAGUAGUUCGCCAUUUCUUUGUGGUGUUAUCCCUCUUUGCAGCUGCUGUUGGAAGCCAGGCAACUAUAACAGCUACUUUCUCGAUCAUUAACCAGUGUCAGGCACUUAGUUGCUUUCCAAGAGUUAAAGUUGUUCAUACAUCAAAUAAAAUACAUGGUCAAGUAUAUAUUCCAGAUGUCAACUGGUUAUUGAUGAUCCUCAGCAUUGCCUGUACAAUAGGUUUCCAUGAGAUAUUACCACUUGGAAAUGCUACAGGUUUCGCUAUCAUUUCCGGAAUGCUGGUAACAAGUUGUCUGAUGUCUCUUGUGAUUUUGCUAUACUGGGAAAGGAGUUGGCUUUUGGCUGCAAGCUUUCUCAUUUUUUUCGGAUUCGUUGAAAUCAUGUAUCUAUCAUCAAGUUUGUUAAAUUUCUAUAAGGGUGCUUGGUGUCUAGUGAUCCUUUUGGUAUUUUGCAUGACUAUUAUGCUUUCUUGGCACUAUGGCACACGUAAGAAGUAUGAAUUCGACUUAGAAAACAAGGUACCCGUAGAUUGGCUUACAGAUCUUAGCCCUGGUCUUGGAGUUUCCAGGGUACCUGGUAUCGGAUUCAUUUAUACUGAAGUCGUUACAGGAAUUCCGGCUUUCUUCUCUCAUUUCAUUACGAAUGUUCCUGCAUAUCAUCAAGUGCUCAUUUUUGUGUCCUUCAAACUUUUACCAGUGCCUCACAUCUCCCCAAGCCGGCGCUAUCUUAUAGGCAGAGUUGGGCCAAAAGAGUACAAAAUAUACAGAUGCAUUGUUCGUUAUGGGUAUUGUGAUCAAGUAAGGGAUACAGAUGAUUUUGAGGAUCAUAUUAUUCUUUCCAUCGGGGAAUUCAUAUCAAGAGAGGAAGAAGAUGUGGAAGCCUUGACAAGUCCAGAAAGAAGGAUGGUUGUGAUUGGUAAUCAACUGAUGGAUGAAAAUACUAUAGUUUCUGUACCCCGAGGCUCUGAUUCUGAGACUCUGAGUCCCCCAGUUGAUCCUUCAGGAAGUAGCUGUGUUACUCCUAACCAGAAAAAGGUUCGAUUCAUGUUGCCUCCAAAGAGUCCAGCAAUGCGUGUAUCAGUUAGGAGGGAACUUCAGGAACUGGUUGAUGCUAGAGAAAGCGGCACAGCAUAUUUCUUGGGACAGUCUCAUUUGUCAGUGCAAAAACGCGCCAGUUUUAUGAAGAAAUUCCUUAUAACGACCUAUGUUUUUCUUGAUAAGAAUUGCAGACAGCCUCCUGUUGCCUUGAACAUCCCCCGAGCUGCGCUUCUGGAAGUUGGUAUGCUCUAUACCAUUUAAAUCACAUCUAGUUGUUAGAGCAGUUUUCCUACUCUGUAUCUGUUAAAGACGUGUAUCCAAUAUGUAUGAUAACGUAUCCCUUUCCAGAAACAUGUUCAGAAAUUUUCAGAGUAACCUUCUAUGUUGCA